AUGCCAUGGGACGACGAGUGGGAUCGACCCGGCGGUAGUCGACGACCGGUUCACACCUCGACGAGCUCGGGAGGCGGGUACCGCGCGCGCAGCCCCGACAGGCGACACGCAGAUUCGCCCGAGCGCGACAGAGCGUCUCGGCGCGAGGACGACUACCGCCGACGCUCCGACGACCCGAGGACGGCGAGAGACUCGUACCGCGACAGGCGGGACGAGUGGCGGGACGCUGGGCCGAGUCGCAGGUCGCGCUUUGACGACGUCGGGCGACACGACAGUUCGAGACGACGCUCGCCUGAUCGGGACCGACGACGGUCUCCUUCGCCGCAACGUCGUUCACCACCGCCUCGCCGCUCGUCUCCCUCCCACCGCUCGCCUGACCAACUUUCCACCUCUUCCGCACGGCGAGCGCCGUCACCUUCGUCGUCUCGCGCGAAUGGGCAUUCAAGGGAUUCGCCCUCUGUUCGCGACAGGCGAGACUUGCCGUCCACUGUCGACCGACGGACGAGCGACGCCGCUUCUCCUUCGCCACGCAAGAUCUCCAUCGCACUCCCCUCAAAUCUCGCCUUCUCGUCCUCCCGACCUCCCUCCCAACCUUCCUCCCGCCCACCUCUUGGCGAUUCAACACCUCGCGCACCAUCGACAUCCGCUUCCGCCUCCUCUUCCCAUACGCAGCAUCGCUCUCAGCCAGAACCCGAGAAGCCGCCACCGUUCUUCUACAAACCGCUCAAUACGAAGGACUACCGUGUUCUGUACGACCCCGCUCUCGACCCGAAUCCGAUCAAGAAGGGCAAGGAGGUCGUAAAGCGCGUUGAUGGUGAAGGCUUGAAGGAUAAUGCGGGCGCGCGGGAUCCGAGGAGGACGACGGAUCCGGAGCAGCUCAAGAAGCUGGAAGCGCGAAGACGGAAAGGACCGCUGAUGCGCAAGUUGGGAGUCAUCACCUACGGUUGGGAUAAGAACUCGACUGGACCGCCUCCACCAGCUCCUCCAUCCGCCAUUCUCGUGACUGGCUUUCCCUCAACCACGACAGCCGACGCCAUCCAUGCGCACUUUCGCUCGUUCGGUCGCAUCGAGCAGCAGGACGUCAAGUACGACACGCAGACGGGCGGCAGUCUCGGCAUCUGCUGGAUCAAGUUUGUGGACGACGUCCCGCGAGAUCCGGAGCCGGACAAGCCGACGCGGGAGAAGUAUGAGCGGAAGAGGCUGGCCGGACAGGCGCAGGACGGUGGAGCAGUCGCGAAGGAUGCCGUGGCGAAGGCGAAUGGAGCGAAGAUUGGCAUGGCAAUGCUCAUGUCGGAGCAAGGCGUCAAGGUAGUGCUUGAUGCGGACGGCAAGCUGUGCAGGGCAGCGGUGAAGGCUGAGAUGGAUCGUCUGCAUCCAUUCCGACCGAAGCCUGCACCCAAACCGCCUUCGCGAUUUAAGCAGCCGACGCCGCCAUCCAGCCUACCACCCCCGCCUCCUUCGCUUCCUCCUCCACCUCCGCCUCCCACGUCGUCGCAUGCGUCUGUGCUUGCCAGCUCGAGCGGCCCACGGUGGGCGACACCAAGCGGACCUCGAGCACACGGUCACCGCGAUCCGCCGCCCCCGAUAGACUCGCGAGCGAGUCCAAUCAGCGCCUUUCCCGACGCCGUCUCAGCCGCCAAGCAUAUCGCCAUGCCCUCCGUACCCCUUCCUCCGAUCAAGCCGGCCGUGCGAAGCUGGUCUCCCACGCGCGACAGGCCCAGACAGCCCGCGCCUCUCCCGCCUCGUCCGUCCAGCACAUUCGCCCGCAUCAGCCCGCAACGCAACGGCCGUCUGCCCGCGCCUCGUCCGCACUCAGUGCCCGACCGACCAGGCGCACCAGGCCGUGGCCCGCCUCGGAAGUCGGAGAGUAUGGCGUCUGCGGUUGCGCAGGCAGUCGAAGCUGCCAAGCGGCGGUUGCAGAAUAUGCGCGCGAACGGACAGUCUGAGCGGCGUACGAAGGGGCGCGAGGAAGGCGAAGCGGACAUGGACAUGUCGAGCGAUGAUGAGGGCGCCCGUUCGGGCAGUUCGAGCGAGGAAGAGGAGGACGCGAAGGACGCUGUCUUCUUCCACGGUGGCAGGGACAGUGACCGAAGACCUGCACCGCUCAGAUGGGGAGCAGCGCCGGUCGGUGCGAUCGCCUGGCAGGUCUCGAAGAAGGUCCUCUUCGAGAAGCUCUCCGCCAACGGCAAGCCUUACUUGUCCAUCGAAAAGUCGGCGUACCAGCGACACCGGCUCGCACAGGGCGGACGCAUGGCGGUGCCGAACGGGCAGGAUCUCGAGCGGCACUUCCAGGACUUCCGCAUCGACAAGACCUUCGCCGACGCCGACGGCUGGUACGUCACCUUCAAGGACUCGGAUGCCGCGAAGCGAGCCUUCGACAAGCUUAACGGGCGCAAGUAUGCCGGCGCACCGCUCGCUCUCGUCCUCUGCGAGACCCCCGCACCACCUCCUGUGCUGCCGCCGAAGCCAACAACCGAGGAGGACCGCCCGCGCGGCCGCUUGCCAGAACCUGGCAGUCAUCUCGCCGCCAUCGUCGACAAGCUCAGCCGGGCGGUCAAGCCGAAGAAGACGAGCGGCUGGACCGACGAGGAAUUGAUCGAGGAGGCAAAGGACCUUGUCAUCGCCGACUUGCUCGAGGCUUUUCAGAACGACAUCACGGCUCGCCUUGUGCGCGGCAAGAUCCAGGAGCACCUGACUCGCUGGGAGCGCGAUGGCAUGCGGACUUUCGCCUCGGCGACUCCUUCGACUUCGACGGCGCCAGCGGUCAAGAUUGAGCCGAGCGAGAGUGCUGCCGACGUCCUGUCGCCGCCAAGCUCAGCGCCCAAAAGCCUCUCGACCCUGUCCUUCGCGAAGCGCCGCUCGGCCACGGGUACGACAGACGACCGCCAGCGUCAACGACGACCGAGCGCUGCCCCAAGCCGCUUCUCGUCCGAAGCUCCGUCCGAAUCGCUACACGACCACAGCGAAGGCGAGGCGGAGCCGCGCAAGAAGGGCCUCGCCAAGACGAAGAAGCCGCUUCCUCGCGUUGUCUCCGCGAGCGAGGAGAGCAGCGAAGACGAGGAUGCACGGGCGAAGGAGCGGGAAAGGGAGCGCGAACGCGAGCGUGCGCGGCGGAAGAAGCAGGAGGCCCGCAAGAAGCAGAAGGCGACGCCGAAGAAGGUCAAGGUCCACCUCGACUACACGAGCAGCGAGGACGAGGCGGCGACCCCGGCAAGACGGCUCAGCCUCGAUGCUGUCAAGCAAGAAACGCCAGCUGUCACCGAGAUCUUCGAGCCGUCUCCCACGCCAGACACCGUCACGCUCAAGCCGGCGAAGAAGGCUAUCAAGGUCGAGCUCGACGACGCAAUGGAUGUCGACGACGAGUCGUCCCGAGCUGCUUCACCCGCGCCAAUUGCGAAGCUGAAGAAGGCGGCGAAGAAGGCCGAACGUCCAGCCCGCGUCCCCAUCGCUGUCCCUGCGACGACCGAUCCGUUCGAAGCAGGGCUUGCAGCCGACGAGGAGGACCUCUUCUUUCUCAAGCUCGCGAUCGAGCGACUUCAGCUCGGCAAGGAGCUGCAUCCCACUCCUCCGCCUUCCGACGACGAAGCCGAAGCUCCGCCCAAGCACUCGACCGGAUCUGCUCGCACAGAAGGCUUCUACGCCGUCACUAUCGAGGAGAAGAUGGCGAACCGCCCCGCCAGCAACAAGGCGAAGGCGGCGGAUGCGGCUGGACCCGCAGGUACUGCAGCCGCAUCGAGCGUCGCCGUCUCUCGCCUCGCCCGCGCCAAUACGCGUGGUCUCGUCAGGGGCAUGGAGCUGCACAAGAAGGUCACGGCGACCGACACCGAUGUCCUCAAGUUCAACCAGCUCAAGACGCGCAAGAAGCAGCUCACGUUCUCGCGGUCCGGCAUCGAGGGCUACGGUCUCUUCGCUCUCGAGCACAUUCCGGCUGGUGACAUGGUCAUCGAGUAUGUCGGCGAGCUCAUCCGCCAGACUGUCGCCGACCGUCGCGAGAAGGCUUACGAGCGGCAAGGUAUCGGCUCGUCGUACCUGUUCCGUGUCGACGAAGAUCUCGUCGUUGAUGCCACGAAGAAGGGCAACCUUGGUCGUCUCAUCAACCACUGCUGUGUACCCAACUGCACGGCUCGUAUCAUCACCAUCAACGGCGUCAAGAAGAUCGUCAUUUACGCCAAGACCAACAUCGAGCCUGGCGAGGAAGUCACAUACGACUACCACUUUCCGAUCGAGGAGGACAACAAGAUUCCCUGUCUUUGCGGCGCCGCCGGCUGCCGCGGAUACCUCAAUUGA